CGAGUGCCAGCGAUAAGACACAAACACUUCUCACUCUGAGCCACUAUAAAGACAUGGAAUACCACCAUGGAGGCCAGCACAAACCCACCAAGAUGCAGUCAAGAGUCAUCAUCAUUCUCCUACCACUGCUUUUGAUCCUCUGGCUGGGAGCAGGAGAAGCGGCUAUCAGCAAGUCCUCGCCGCUGGCCAAUUGGCGUUUCAGUGAUCCGCACUACACCAGCAAUCAGUAUGCCAAGAUCCUGGGCGAAUCUGGCCUGGGACAUGAUCCCGAUGACAAGGAUAAGAUGAAUGUGGGUAUUAAUCUGAAUCCGGAACACCUGCAGAUUCAGUAUGUGGACUAUCAGCCGCAGUGUCAGGCUGGGGGAGUGGCCGUCUGUGCCACCAAUGGCACUGAUAGCUUCUAUUUCGAGAACGAUUGUCGUCUGGAGGCGCACAACAUGAAGAUGUUGUUUCAGUAUGGCACAGAACUGGAGCCCACGGAGAUGGAGCGCUGCCUGCCCAGCUGCCAGACCAUGAAGUGUACUCCAGUAGAGCGGCCAGUUUGUGCGCUGGCCGAGAUCGGGGGUGCAGUGCCGCAGACCUUUGCCAAUGAGUGCGAGAUGCGUCAAAGCGAGUGUCACACAAAGCAGGUCCUGCGAAUCCUUCACCAGGGUCCCUGCCAUCCGCCCACCAAAAGUCUGCGUAAAAAGAAGCAGCGUAGGAGCAAGAAAAAGUCCUUGAAAUCCUCCUCGAAGCUAAGCAGUCAGCCCAGGAAGGUCUACUACCUGAUGGGCACUCCUCCUACUCCUACUCCUCCUACUCCUCCUCCUCCUCCAGCUCCUCGUCACACUGCCAUCACCACAUCACCAAGACUGAUCAACAACAAUAGGCGUUUGCUUGGCAGGCCACCCAGGAUUACCACAACUCCCAGGUCGAUGCCCACUAGGUUGACCAGCACCAGUCCCUCGCCCAUGCAGUUCCAGCAACUAAGAGGUCUGGCUAAUCCCAUGGUCUCCGUUUCCCGGGCUGUCGAUGCCUACAAUGUGUACAACAUACCCGAUGUGGGUCAGGAUUAUGGUGAGAUCACGGACUCCUCGCUGUCGCUCUACCUGCCGGGAGUGGGUCGGGUCACAGAGGCGUAUACCACCAGCAGGAGCAGUAGCACCACCACGUGGGGAAUCACUCUGGGAACCACUCUUUCACCAAGUAUUAAAAGCACCACGACUACUACUACCACCACACCGAAACCACUGAUGACCACCACCAAACGUCGGGUGCUGAUCAUGGUGGAACCCAUGGCCACCACUGUGGAGCCCUUGCUGCCAAGCACCCAAGCGUCGAUGGAGAAGCAAAGCACAGUGGCAGACCUUGAGGCGGUUACCCUUGGAGCAAGUACCACCACCCAGGAGUCGACGACCAAGAUAAAGACCACUUGA